AAAACGUACCAAGACGAUGAAGGUGCUAGGUGUUCUGAUAAUUUCGGCUUUUGCCUUGACGGCGGCCUAUGAAAAGGCUGUGCCCGUGAAGGACAUGCCCGCGGACAAGAGGAUCAACGGACGGAUUACCAAUGGAUAUCCCGCCUACGAGGGCAAGGUGCCCUACAUCGUAGCCCUGCGAUUCGAGAGCGGAAACGGUGGCUGGAACUGCGGUGGCUCCAUCAUUGGCCACGAAUGGGUACUCACUGCCGCCCACUGCACCUACGGAGCCAGUUACGUGAACAUCAACUACGGAGCCGUGUGGCGCCACCAGCCGCAGUUCACCCACGUCUCAUCGGACAUGAUUACCCAUCCCGACUACGAUACCGGCAACUUGCGCAACGACAUCGCUCUGAUUCGCACUCCGCACGUGGACUUCUGGUCGCUGGUCAACAAGGUGGAGCUCCCGAGGUACGAUGAUCGCUACAACAACUUCUACGGCUGGUGGGCCCUGCUCUCCGGAUGGGGCGCUACCUCCGAUACCAGCGGCAUGACCGACUACCUCAACUGCGUGGACAUCCAGAUAUCGGACAACAGCGUCUGCAUGGACUACUACGGCAGCCACUUCAUCACCGAGAACAGCCUGUGCUACGCCACGCCCGAGAACAAGGGCUCCUGCGGCGGCGACUCCGGCGGCCCACUCGUCCUCCACGACGGCAAUCGCCUGGUGGGCAUCGUGUCCUUCGGAUCCGCCGACGGCUGCCUGUCCAACGGCCCCAAGGGAUUGACCCGUGUGACCGGCUACUUGGACUGGAUCCGUGACCACACUGGCAUUUCCUACUAAUAUAUUUCGCCAAUUUAAGGAAAUAAACGAUAUACAAUAAUGCAUCCAAA